AUGGCAGAUAAGUAUAUCCGACAUUUGCAUUCGUGGGCUAUGUCCAUCCUUCUCGCCCGAAUGUUCAAUGCUAAGCGGCCCCUGAGGCAUAUUCAGAGCUCUCGUCUAUGUGUUUCUGAGCAAAUACCCCGAUGCUGCGGCUGUAGAAUCAGACGAUUGACGAACGGGAUAAAGAGGAGGAUGGGAAGGAUGCUAUUUGACAAAAUCUGUACGCGCCAUGAGCCAUCUAAGGUAGUGAUGGACGAGAUUCGGAGCGUCCGUCUAGCACACUCUCGGGAUGCUGGCUGCCGCCGCGAGAUCCAGCUCGACAGACAACUACUCCGCAGGGACCCGGAUGAACUUGAAGAGAAUCGAUUCCAAAUCAAAAUGUGUUUGGAGGCAAUGGGUUGA